CUGGCCCGCCCCUCCCCCCGCCUGCCUUUCCUCCAUGCUCUGGGCUGGGUUGGCCUAGGCCGUCGCUGCCGCCGCCGCCGCUCGUCGCCUUUGUCUGCGCCGCUCCGCGUCCCCGACAGCGCCGUGCGCGGACUCGGGAUUCGUUUUCUUCGGAGGGAGCCGUGGGCGAUGUCUUCUCUUUUUCGCCGCGCGGCGAGGGAGUAGCGCCACGCCGCAAGACAACCUCCGGCGAGCGCCGCAGCCUUCGUAGCCCCGGCCGCCGUCGCCGCCGUCGUCGGAGGGAGGCGCGAGGAGGAGACGCGGGAGAUUGAUUAUUGCGGCAGCGCCGCCGGGCUCGGGCGGCGCGGGGAUCGCGGGGAAGGGAGAUAGCGGGAGCGCCGCCACGGGACAUGGGCAGCCCGCACAUUCCGGGCCGAGGCGCCUUCUCGGCAGGUAUCCGGCCUCCGAUCAUCAACGGCCCGAUGCAUCCGCGGCCACUGGUGGCGCUGCUCGAUGGCCGUGACUGUACGGUGGAGAUGCCCAUCCUCAAGGACGUGGCCACCGUGGCGUUCUGUGACGCCCAGUCAACGCAGGAGAUCCACGAGAAGGUGUUGAACGAGGCGGUGGCGGCGCUGAUGUAUCACACCAUCACGCUGACGCGCGAGGACCUUGAGAAGUUCAAGGCUCUGCGGAUCAUCGUGAGGAUCGGCAGCGGCUAUGACAACGUGGACGUUAAAUCGGCCGCAGAGCUCGGAAUCGCGGUGAGCAUCGUGCCGGGAGCGUGCGUGGAGGAGACUGCCGACUCGACACUGUCGCACGUCCUCAACCUGUACCGGCGCACUGCCUGGCUGCACCAGAACCUGCGCGAAGGCACACGCGUCGCGUCCGUCGAGCAGGUGCGCGAGAUGGCAUCUGGCGCCGCGCGCAUCCGCGGGGAGACGCUUGGCAUCAUCGGCUUUGGCCGCGUGGGGCAGGCUGUGGCGCUGCGCGCGCGCGCCUUUGGCUUCAGCGUGAUGUUCUACGACCCGUACCUCGCCGACGGGGUCGAACGCUCCCUGGGCAUCCAGAGGGUGGCCACCCUACAGGACCUCUUGUACAACAGCGACUGCGUGAGCCUCCACUGCAGCCUCAACGAGCACAACCACCACCUCAUCAACGACUUCACCAUCAAGCAGAUGCGGCAGGGCGCGUUCCUGGUGAACACAGCGCGCGGGGGGCUGGUGGACGAGAAGGCGUUGGCGCUCGCGCUCAAGGAGGGCCGCAUCCGGGGAGCGGCACUCGACGUGCACGAGAUGGAGCCCUACAGCGUGAACCAGGGUCCCCUGAAGGAUGCCCCCAAUCUGCUGUGCACGCCCCACACGGCCUGGUACAGCGAGCAGGCCUCCCUGGAGAUGCGUGAGGAAGCUGCAAAGGAGGUCCGCCGGGCCAUCACCGGACGCAUCCCUGAUGCCCUCAAGAACUGUGUGAACAAGGAGUUUUUCCCGACGGCGGCGUCGCACUGGGCCCCCAUGGACCCCGGCGCUGUGCACCCCGAACUCAACGGGGCCGCGUACAGGUUUCCGGGCAGCAUGGUGGGCAUGCCCGGCGGUGUGGAUGGAAUGAUGCCCAUCACGCACGGGCUGGCGCCCGUGGUGGCGCACCCUCCGCACACCCCCUCGCCCGGCCUUGGGAAGACUGAGGCGGAGAGAGACGGGAUGGGGGGCGGCGGCGGACCCCACAACCCCAUGGGCCGCGACGGCGCAGACGACGGCCGGGGGAAAUAGCCCCCCCGCCCUCCACUCCCCUAGUCGGCCGGGGGUCCCCUCCCUCUGCUGCCCAACAAGGUGGUGCCGCGGGUGGGAGGAAGGGGGUGUAGGGCUGGCCGGGGGGGGGCAGUGGGUGCAUGCGUGUGGGUGAGGGGGGGGGCCGUGAGCAGAGCCGGACGCGUCCCGGCGUGCGCGCGCGCGUCCGUGUGUGUGUGUGCGCGCGUGUGUGUGUGUGUGUGCGCGUGCGUAUCCGUGCCCGUCGAGAGAGCGCGCAGUAAUGCACGUCACGUCCCGUGCGUCCGUUUUAACCCUUCCGCUGGCCACGCAGAGCCGGCAUGGCGUGAUGAAUGUCCACGUUUGGCUAAACGUAGAUGGAACCGCGUCCUGUCCUCGUUUCAUCACAGAACAAUCGAGGAGACGGCGGAGGCGGCGGCGCGCUCUCUCCGAAUCCCCGCGUGUGCCGGAGUAGAGAGGCCGUGUUGUUUACUGCCGCUUGUUGAGGCGCGAGGCCCUCGGCUCUGGGUUUCCCCGGCAACAGAACAGCGCUGAUGUGUAAACCAGUCAAACAACACGAGGACGUUUAUAAAAAAAACACUUUAUACA